AAACCCUAUUUUAAUUCAAUAAUUAUGAUCAAUCUGUAAGCGUUAACAUUAGAAAUGAUUAAAAUGCUAUUUAUCUGAGCCGUAAUUGUUUGCUCUCCAAAAUUAAUAAAAUGUCAAACGGCCCAUCUUCGGAAGCGCCUAUGACAAUAUACAGUUCAUAUCCCAAACCCGAAGCUCAAUAUCAACAGAUUAUUCAAAAUCCUGAUUUUUUCCUGGACAAGCUUCGCGCCUUUCACGAUUUCUACGGCACAAACUUCCGGGUCCCUAUUGUGGGAGGGAGUUCUUUAGAUCUGCAUCAACUUUUUAUAGAGGUGACCACUCGAGGUGGUAUUGAAAAAGUGAUAAAAGAACGCAGAUGGAAGGAAAUCAUUGCUGCUUUCAACUUCCCAACUUCUAUUACCAGUGCAUCAUUUGUUUUGCGAAAGUACUAUCUCUCGCUGCUUUAUCAUUUUGAGCAGGUUUGUUAUUUUCAGAAAGAAGAACCAACCGUUAUAGCAGCAGGUCAAACAUUGUCAUAUGGGGAUGAUGAUUGUGCUGCAUCUGAGAAGCUCUCAGCAAAUUCUAACUUGGGUGAUGGAAGCUUAAUCUCUGGAACAAUAGAUGGAAAAUUUGACGAUGGAUAUUUAGUUACAAUGAAGGUGGGAUCUGAAGUUCUGAAAGGCGUCCUUUAUCACUCAUGUCCAGAACAGGAUGCAUACCAAAGUCGUAGCACUUCUGACGAGCCUGUUCACCUUUGCCGGCGAAAGAAUCAUACAGCUGUUAAAGACCCAGCUCAUCCCAAGCGAAAUAGAAGCGGUUACACCUUCUUUUUUGCAGAGCAAUACCAGAUACUGAGGCCUGCAUACCAUGGACAAGAAAGAGCUAUCAGCAAAAAAAUUGGGCAUCUAUGGAGCAAUUUGGCGGAGGCUGAAAAACAGGUAUACCAGGAGAAGGGUUUACGAGACAAGGAAAGAUACAAAGCUGAAAUGUUGGAGUACAAGUCAUCCCAACAAAUGCAAGGCUAACAGGCUUUACUGUUGGUUACUUGUGAUGUCUGCUUUCGAGGGAAUCAAUUCUCCAGGUCUUCAUUUUCCUCUCUCCCUCCCUCUCUCUCUCUCUCCCCUUUUUUAUAUUGUUGGUAGAGAAACGACUUAGAAGUUGCUGCGAUCUUUCUAAUUGACAACGAAGAAGAAUUCAUAUGAACAGAAUGAGAACUUUUUUCCUUGAGGAAUAUGGAAUAUGUCAAUUGACUUUUAUAACUUUGGCCCACCAAUCGGGCAGUGCCUACUCAGCUAGAAUUUCAUCCCCUCGCCCCAACCCGCGGUCCGGGAGCCUUUGCUUGUUGAGUAUUAGCCGUCUGAGGUGUGCUUCAACCAAAUUCUAGGUCACUCAACCACUUGUCCAUGUUUCGAACUUUCUCCCAAGUUUAACAUACUUGAAAGACCUUUUGUUA